AUGGCUUACAUGCGGUUUUUGUUGACGACGGCUCUGCCGUUCGUGGCAAUUCUAUGCCCUAUCCAGGCACAAGGGCUAAGACGGUUGCGCAAGACGGCUUUGAGAGUACCAGAUCUCAAUCCUAUUCUUGCUACCCAACAACAAAACAACGAGAAUCGAGAUGCCGGAUUUGAGCUUAUACAACAUGAUGAGCUAGAAGAACUCUUCUUCAACGAAGUAUUCCGGCUCGAUGCUUCCAUGUCCAUGUCCUUUGUUGACGAUGUUCGCAGUGACGAUGGAGGAGGCGGCGGUGGAGGAGGAGGAGGUUCUAGUAGUAGUAAUGUUAUAGGAGUUGUGGGAAGUGAUAAUAACGUUGUCACAGGCGGUGGAGGAGGCGAUGGGUCUUCUAUCUACCAAAAGUGUGGAAUCACCGCAAGUGAACGGAGGAACCAAUUGCUAGAUAUCCUUUCGGAAGUUUCCGACAGAUCAAUGCUCUUGGACAUGUCCACCUCUCAGUACAACGCCAGAUAUUGGUUAGACAGUGAAGAUGAUGCCAUGAUCUGCACGGACAACAGCGCUCGUGUAAAGCAACGAUACAGAGCAGGAUUACUCUACUUCCAGUUUGGAGGAGAUAAUUGGGACAACUGCCGUGCACAAGGAGGAGCCUGCUUUCAGGAAGAUUCCACCAGCGUCCCUGCCAUUCGCUUCUUGGACGGGAGCAAUGAGUGUCUAUGGUUUGGACUUUCCUGUGCUGGUGUCAUAAGGGAAGCCCUGCCUUUGGAUAAUGACGAAAUCUCACCAGAUGAAUACAGACCUAUUGUUAAAGUGGAUAUCAGCGACAACGGUCUUCAAGGUGAUUUGUUCCAUGAGCUCUUUGGGUUGACAGAACUCCAAGAACUCACCCUCGAUGGAAACAAGCGAAUUUCAGGCACCAUUCCAGAGGCCAUUGGACAGCUAACCAACCUGGUUGCCCUGGAUAUUGAUGACAACUCCCUGCAAGGAAAAAUACCAAAUAGUCUCUAUUCUUUAACCACCCUGGAAGCCAUUGAUUUGAAUAGUAACUCGUUGACUGGAAGUGUCUCCAAUGACAUUGGCAAUCUCAAAAAUCUUGUGGUAUUGCAACUGGACAGCAACGACCUGGAUGGUGCAAUGCCAACGGAUGGACUGUUUCAACUUGAGAAGCUGGCGGUCUGGACAGUCCUUGACAACGCGAUCACAGGUUCUACCGAGAGGGUUUGUGACGUGCUCGACGAAAGGCGGGUGACGAAUGACUUCCCGGGUUACCUUCAGUUCUUCUGGGUGGAUUGUUUGGGCAAUCCGCCACAGGUGGAAUGUUCAUGCUGCGAAUGUACGGAGCCAAUGAGCCCUACUUCGUUUUGA